AUGGAGAACAAGAUUGGAAAAUCUUGUAGAUCUUCAAGUUUAAGCAAUUCUGGUGUACUUAACAUACUUGCCAUGGCCGGUCCAGAUUACUCGGCACUGAAACAGAUUGGUGCUAUUUUGAACAAGAAUCCAAAAUGCAAAGUAGUGUUUCUUGUUGGAGCAGGAGUCUCAACAGCAUGUGGGAUUCCAGAUUUCAGAACUCCUGGCACUGGGCUUUACGAUAAUUUGGAAAAGUUAAAUUUACCAUUUGCCGAGGCUGUGUUUGAUAUUGAAUAUUUUGAGAAGAAUCCACAGCCCUUCUAUGCGCUAGCCAAAGAGCUUUAUCCCGGUAAUUUCCAGCCGUCGAAGUUGCACUAUUUAAUGCGACUGUUUCAGGACAAGGGCAGACUUCGAAGGGUUUAUACGCAGAACAUCGAUACGUUGGAAAGAGCUGCAGGUCUUCGCGAUGAGUUUAUAAUCGAGGCUCAUGGUUCGUUUCACGCCAAUCACUGUAUAAAGUGUGACAAGCAAUAUUCGAUGGACAAAUUCAAAACCAAAAUUUUGGCUGAAAAACCGGACGACUUUGCCAAAUGCGAAAGCUGUAAGGGCCUUAUCAAGCCCAAGAUCGUUUUUUUCGGCGAAAAUUUGCCCUCUGUGUUCUUCGACACUUGGGAUGGGGAUCUGGAAUUACUUUCUAAGGAUCAUAUCGUCAUCGUAGCCGGUACUUCCUUGUCGGUGUACCCUUUUGCUGCGCUACCGACAGAAGUUCCAAAAGCUACUCCGAGAGCAUUACUGAACCUCCAGGUUGCGGGAGAUUUCAAGAGCAAUCCCAGAAAGUCUGACAUGAUCUUCAAAGGAGAAGCCGAGGAGGCAGCCGAAGUCAUAGUUCAAGAGUUGGGAUGGGAAGAUGCUUUUGAAACUCUACUGGAGCAAGAAGUAAAGAAGGAAGGGAAAGAGGUACAUGCCAAAUACUCUGAGGAAAUUGUUGAAGACGUCAUGGAUAAAGUGGCCGAGCUGGAAUUGAGUGAAAAGUGA